AUGGGCAAUUCAAUAUCUCCAUGUUUCCAACAAAACCCAAGGUCUUUAGUGAAGCUGAUUUUCUGGGAAGGAAAUACAAGAAUCUUAACGGGAAAGCAUAUCGCCGGCGAGGUCAUGUUUGAGUUUCCAGACAGGAUGGUUUGCCAUGCAGAUUCUUUCUUCAUUGGUCACCCCAUCCCAGCUUUAGCCAUAGACGAUGACCUCAUGCCAGGCCAAACUUACUUUGUUCUUCCCCUCGAUCGCUUUGCAUGCAAUAAUGUCUUGUCAGCUUCUUCCCUUGCUGCCUUAAACUCUAGCUCUAAACCAGCUCCAGUCAACUUUGGUCAGUGCCCUUUUGAGUAUGUCAAAGAUUCCCAUGGUAGGGUUUUGAUCAAGGUGGUGCCUGAGUUUAUAACAAGGUUGAUCAAUCAUAGAAGCAAAGAAGAAGGAACUGGGAGUCCUGGGAAUAGUUUUCUUUGCAGCACUCCGGAGUUGAAAAAGCAUUACGAGAUGCUUGUUGGUCCUAAAGAACAAGUUUGGUCGCCUAAACUUGAGACGAUUUCAGAGUAUAAGAUCAGGUUUUCACCUUGCAGGUUCAUAGGGUUGGAGUGGAAACAAAAGGAGAAGCAAUAA